AUGUUAUCUUCUACCGUACUUACCGCACUUGCGGUUCUCGCUUCAUCUGCCAACGCAUGGCUUCCUAGCCAGGAGUCCCAAGGUCUAAACGAGCGCGACGGUGACGUCUUUACAUAUCCUCUACGAUCUGGCAACGACAAAAGAUGGCUUCCGGCGAGUAAAAAGAUCCGUGGAGUGAACCUCGGAUCUCUUUUCGUCUUUGAACCCUGGAUCGACAGCCAGGAAUGGGCAAACACUGGAUGCGAGGGCGAAAAGUCAGAGUUCGAUUGUGUUUUGAACAAAGGUCAAGAUGUGGCGGAUAAGAACUUUCAGGCUCACUGGAAGAAUUGGAUCAAUCAGAGCGAUCUGGAUGAGAUGCUCAGUUAUGGUCUGAACACGAUUCGUGUCCCUCUUGGAUACUGGCUCAAGGAGGACCUAGUUGACAAGUCGGAACACUUCCCAAAGGGUGGAUUGGAAUACCUAACUCAGCUCUGUGGCUGGGCGAGUGAUAGAGGCUUCUACAUCAUUCUCGAUUUUCAUGGCGCACCUGGUGCUCAGGAACCCAACCAGCCCUUCACAGGUCAAUAUGCACCUAAAGUCGGAUUCUACAAUGACUAUAACUACGGUCGUGCAAUUGAAUGGCUCGAGUGGAUGACAGACAUUAUUCAUUCCAAGCAAGAAUACCGCAAUGUCGGCAUGCUUGAGCUGGUGAAUGAACCGCUGAACUGGGACAGUGCUGUUGAGUCCCUGCGAAGUUCUUAUUAUCCCAAAGCCUACAGUGCUAUCCGUAAGAUUGAGGAGAAUCUCAAGGUCUCUGACAAUGAUCGUCUUCACAUCCAGAUGAUGGGCUCUCUCUGGGGCAGUGGAAACCCUACCGAGUUCCUCAGCGAUACCUCAUUCACAGCAUUUGAUGACCACCGCUACCUCAAGUGGGACACAAGCAUCGAAGCCUCCCAAGAUGCAUACAUCAAGCAAUCAUGCUCAGACGACCGCAAUACCGACGGCCCCACGAUCGUUGGCGAAUGGGCCUUGUCUGUCCCUGAUAAUGUCGAGAAUACCGAAGCUUGGAAUCCUCAGACUCAUAAGGAGUUCCACACCAAGUGGUUCUCUGCUCAGGUGCAUGCUUACGAGAAGAGUACCCUUGGAUGGGUUUUCUGGACAUGGAAGGCCAACCUUGGUGAUGACUACCGCUGGUCUUAUAGAGAUGCUGCACGGGCUGGAGUCAUUCCCAAGAAUCUUGACUCCCUUCCUAAUGUCUGUUAA